UAUAACCUAACUUAUCAGUAACUAUUACAAUAGCUAUCUUUUAGUACUUUGAAUAAAUCUUAUUUAUAUUUCAAGAUUUAUUGCUUAUUGAAAAUAAAUAAAAAUGGCUAGUACAUCUAGUGACCAAACUACAAUCGCUCAAAAAACUUGGGAGAUGUCAAAUAAUGUUGAAACAAUUAGUACUGUCGAUGAAAUCUACAGAUAUGACAGAAAAGAACAACAAGACAUAUUGGCAGCUAAGCCAUGGGACAAAGAUCCCCAUUUCUUCAAAGACAUUAAAAUCUCAGCAUUAGCAUUGUUAAAAAUGGUAAUGCAUGCACGUUCUGGUGGAACAUUAGAGGUAAUGGGUCUUCUACUUGGAAAAGUAGCAGCGAAUACAAUGAUUGUUAUGGAUUCUUUUGCAUUACCUGUUGAAGGGACAGAAACAAGGGUUAAUGCGCAAGCUCAAGCAUAUGAAUAUAUGACUGCGUAUAUAGAAGCUGCAAAACAGGUUGGCAGACAAGAGAAUGCUAUUGGUUGGUAUCAUAGUCAUCCAGGGUAUGGAUGCUGGUUAUCAGGUAUCGAUGUCUCUACUCAAAUGCUUAAUCAAAAUUUUCAAGAACCAUUUGUUGCUAUUGUAAUUGAUCCUGUGCGAACUAUCUCUGCUGGUAAAGUUUGUUUAGGAGCAUUCAGAACUUAUCCAAAGGGAUAUAAACCAGCUAACGAGGAACCAUCAGAAUAUCAAACAAUACCUCUAAAUAAAAUUGAAGAUUUCGGGGUACAUUGUAAACAAUAUUAUUCUUUAGAAGUAUCAUAUUUUAAAUCGUUAUUAGAUAAGCGUUUGUUGGACUCCUUAUGGAAUAAGUAUUGGGUGAAUACUCUUAGCUCUUCUAGUUUAUUGACUAAUGCGGAUUAUACUACAGGACAAAUAUUUGAUUUGUCUGAUAAAUUGGAGCAAUCGGAAGUUGCGCUUGGAAGAGGAUUUGUUUUAGGUGGAACAGAUCCACACGAUCGUAGUACCGUGGAAAAACUUAUUAAAGCAACACGCGACAGUUCGAAAACUACUAUUGAAGUUAUACACGGUUUAAUGGCUCAAGUUAUUAAAGACAAAUUAUUUAAUCAAGUUGGAACUAAUAUGACAGAUUCUCAUUGAACACUGACGAUUAUAUUAAUUUUUAAUAAGUUAAUUUAAUUAUGAAAAAUAAUGUAUUUGUAAUAAAAAUGUGUUAUAUAAUGAAUAGUUGUAAGAUA